AUGGGACUAUAUGAUGGUAAAACCGGUUUCGCUGCAGUGGCGCCACCAUGCGGCCGACACCCCUACAUCCGCAAAACUAAAUAUGCUGAGAAGCCUCAAUCAAAGCUUCGGAAUAGGACGGAACACUGGCAACGACUUAGGCAAAAGAAUAUGGUCUUUGAGUUUAGUACCUGGAAUGUAAGAACUCUAUACAAAACAGGAGAUUUAUUAUCCGUUAUCUCACAAAUUGGGAAAUACAAGUUACCAGUCGUAGCUGUGCAAGAAACCAGACGGCAUGGUAAUGGAAUUAAUGAUGUGAAAGGACACAGUGUGUUAUAUAGUGGAAAAAAGAAAGGCACACAUGAAAGUGGAGUAGCAUUUAUUGCAAACCAAACAUUCAAGAAUAACAUAAUAGAUCAAGCCAUAAAUGACAGAAUAUGCACAAUGCAAAUCAGAAUGAAAUUUUACAACAUAACUAUGAUAAAUAUAUAUGCACCAACUGAAGAUAAAAAACCCAAUAUAAAAGAUGAGUUUUAUAACAAAUUGGAAACAAUGCUGGACGAUGUACCAUCCAAUGAUGUUAAAAUAGUUUUAGGUGACUAUAAUGCCCAAAUUGGGAAGGAGAAGGAAUUCAGAAAGAUUGUAAGGAGGAACAGUUUACAUGAUGUAUCUAACGAUAAUGGUAAAAGAAUGAUAGAUUUUGCUGAAAGUGGGAAUCUGAUCGUUAGUUCAACUCAAUUUGCACGAAAAGACAUACACAAGCAAACGUGGAGGUCACCGGAUGGAAAAACUACGAUUCAAAUAGAUCACAUAUUAAUAGAUAAAAGAAGAGCCUCAUGA